AUGGCCCACUACACCACAGCAGAGGCUCUCAUGCACGCCUGCCUGGCACACGCAGCCCCCGAGGUCGGCGUGCUCGACGGAAUCAUAGCCUCCUCGUCGUCCCCAGCGUUGCCGCGGGAACUGCUGCUCAUGGUCAGGACAUACCUCGUGCCCGCCAUCGCCUCAGACCUCGUCGACGCCUCACACAGCGCCCUCCACGCAUACGAAGAAUCGCUGCGAUCGCUGCUAUGUCCAGAGUGCAGGCAGUACAACGAAGAGAUAUACGGGGGAGAUGUAUGGGAGUGGGAGGGAUUCACAGGACCGUGUGGGUGCAGGGACGCAGGCGACAUCCGGCGGACCAACAACGCGAUGCUUAAUUCUCCGACGCGCUUCAGAGAUCCCCAUCACUGGCUUGAACAGCACUUGUCGCAGUCCGUCAUGGCGGCGGCGGCGGCGGCCUCUUCGUCGUCGUCUUCGUCGACAUCGCAGACCGACAUCUGGUCGUUCGCCAGCGCCAUAUUCGCGCAAUAUGACUGCGAGCUCGUGCGCCACAUCCCCGCGACCCACGCGCACUUUUCCAACCUGACCGCCUGGAACAACAAGUACGGCCUAUCCCCGUACUCUAGCCCGCUCGAGCCCCUGAGCAGCUACAUCCUCAUACGUCCCACUGGCGAUCCAGCCGAGACCGACAGCGACAGCAUCUGCGACGAUCACACUCGGAGAUGGCGUGAUCGGCUCACCUUGCAGCGCCUGCACAGAAACCUCGGAAUUCCCUUUUUCACGUCCACCGCCUCAGCCUCCCCGUCCACCAAGUCCGAGUCCGUGGUCGGGUCCAUGGAUUUGCGCUUUGGCUCUCCUCGCAGCCAAUCUUCUUUGACACGACAUGAUCACGAUCUCACGAAAGCAUCUUAUUCGACCGGCAUAUCAUUGCACCCUGUUCUUCUCAGCCAUGUCCUCGCCAACACCGCAGCAUUCUGCUUCGCCGCCCCAGUCGCACUCUUGACCGUCUGCGCGAAGCGCAGGUCCACCUCACUGAGUAAACUCAAUACCAGAAUCGUGAACAAACUCCGGGAGGCCAACAUCCUGCCUCGAGAUGAACCACCUCCCAAGCUAUGCUCUGGCUGCUCAGGAAUCACUGUGGCGAAGAUGCGCGAGGCAGGCGGAUACAAGUACCCAAUCAAUGUGUACGAUCUCCCGAAAUCAGCAGAGGAGUGCGAUUUCUGCGACAUGCUCGUCGACGUAAUCGCCAGAAGUCUUGGGGAAGAGGAACAGUCGGAUCGCCCAAAUCCAAGGUCGAGGCAGAAAUCGGAUGCCCGAAGCACGAAGGAUCUACCCCGCGAUGAGCGAUAUGCCCUCGCGCUGGAGCAACAUGGGUUUAAGCAGAAGAAGAAGGGCACAUCUUUUGUGGCGCUGGUGCAAUGGCCAUUCCCUGGGAUGCAGCAUGUCGUAGCGAUUGAAAAGUUCACGGGCGUAGCAGGGGCGCCAGGAGAAGGCCUUGUUUCUGUUUGCGGGAUCUACACAGACUCUGCUAUACGAUCGCGGUCUCCACUAGGCAUCGAACUUUUAUUGGCCCUCAAAGUCCCUGCCGAGGUGGACCUGGACUCGCUUGCGAUCCAGGUUAAGUAUUGGCGGAGGGCGUGCUGCGAGAGUCAUCAAGUCUGCAAUGGGCCGGCCGACGCGCCUCCCAAGCCGCCUCUGCCCACUAGGGUCCUUGACGUCCAGAAGGAGCGCUUGUAUGAGACGAAUCAUACUCCUGGUCGAUAUAUUGCACUCAGCCACACCUGGGGAGGCCAGGUAGAGGGUCGCACACUCAAAGGGAACCUCAAAGAGAGACUCAAGGGAUUCUCCUUCGACACCCUUCCCCUCAACUUCCGUGAUGCGAUCAAAGUCACCAAAGCGCUCGGAAUGCGGUACCUCUGGAUCGACUCUCUGUGCAUCGUACAGGACGAUGCAGAUGAUUGGGAGAGGGAAGCCAAGACGAUGACGGGGUUGUAUAUGAAUUCGUGGAUCACGAUUGCAGCGUCGCGAGCGCCAGACAGUGCGGCGGGCUUUCUGGGGAGGAGGGAUGUCCCAAAAGCGAUUAAAAUGCCGGGCGAGGGCGGGGAGUACUUCUACGUCUGCCCAAAUGUCGCUCUUCGUUUCGACGAGGCCGUUUUUGGCGCGCCGUUGAAUCGCCGGGCAUGGGUCGUGCAAGAACGUGUCCUGUCGCCACGGACGCUUCACUUUACUCGAUCGCAGGUGUACUGGGAGUGCGCCUGCAAGACCCUAGCGGAGGACAUGAACCACCAAGCUAACCCGGACGAUAAACUUUCGAUGACCCAAACACCCCGCGCCCUCUUCGAAGGAGUCAAGGGGAAAACGCCACAAGCAUGGUGGGCUCUACUGGAAAACUACACUGCGUGCGGUUUGACUUAUCACUCAGACAAGUUGAUCGCCAUCCACGGGAUCGUUUCGUGGAUGACAUCGAAGUUCGGGCUCAGGUUCCUCGCUGGAGUUUGGGAAGAUAGUGCUUCCGUUGGUCUUCUCUGGGUCGCGGCGGACCGCGAAGGAUUAGAGCAUUUAUCUGAAAUCAGGGUUCCUUCGUGGAGCUGGGCGAGCAAAAAAGGCCCUAUCAAGCAUAUCAAAAUGCUGGGUGAAUACGAAGAUAAUACAUCUACGUACAUUACCGGAGGCCCGCCUACAGAAGAAUCCCAAACCGCCGAACCUCUUGUGCUCCAUGCAGACGUUUGCUCGCUCCAAUCAGGGCUGCGUUUCGGACCCUUAAGGACAUCGUACCUCCCGUUCGAGUUUGAAAAGUCCAACGCACGCUACCGUCGCAUCGAAGACCCGCGUGAAAAGCUUGGUGUACGUGGAUGGGCUGUCUUGGAUGAAGACUUGGAGUCUCCAUCGGAAUCCAACACUAACUUUGACGACCUUUAUUGGGUUAUUGUUCGAUGUCAAACAGACACAGAGCCUGAACCAGAGCCGGGGACCAGCGGAAAGUGGGGAUGGUGA